AGAGGCGUCUGCGGCGGGCUGCGAACUAGGCGGCGCGGCUUUCCGCGGGCUCCUUCCGGAAGCGGAAGGCCGGAGGGCGGGCCGAGGGCGUCCGGGAGUUCACGGCGGUUAAUUCCUUUUACCCUGCAGUGUUGCUUUCUUUGGUCUGGGCUUCACGGAGACUGCGAGAGAUGGUUAGGUCCGGAUCUCGACAAGGCCAGGUGUUAUCUUCAGGAAAGCACGCCGCACCUGCUAAAUUAACGAAUGGAAAGAAGUCGACUUAUUUAAGAAAGAUAUCACGUUUUAAUGCAGAUUCUGGCCAUCCCAUCCAUUCUGAUUCAGAAAGUCAGACGGAAGCUGUACGAGGGCUUGAUGGUUGUGCUUCUUUGCUGCAGAACAUUUUGAGAAAUGAAGAUUCAGGUUCAGAGAUAGCAUAUUCAGAAAAUAGAUAUAAUCCUAGACCUUUGGAGGGCAAAAGGUAUGGAUCUAAAAAGAAAGGACAUGAAAAACAUACUCUUCCUUCAUUAGUCCGGAAAGAAAUUUUAUCUUCAGAUUAUAAGAAACAGAUAUCUAAUGAAACUUCUGCUGGAAGUGAAAGAGACUCCUCAGAUAUACCACAAAAUUGGUCAUUCCAAGAUCAUUAUAGAAUGUACUCACCCAUAAUAUACCAAGCCCUCUGUGAGCACGUGCAGACUCAAAUGUCAUUGAUGAAUAACUCGGCUUCAAAGAACAACCCUAAUGGAAUUCCUGCUGUACCUUGCCAUACUGGGUCUGGUUCUGACUCGCAGGCAACUCCACAUUCUAGCCAUGGCUUACCUACUUCCACCCCAGUCCAGUUACCUCAGCAGCUACCCUGCCCCCCAGUGGUUCAUUCUGAAGUUCAGACUGAUGGUGACAACCAGUCUGCAUCACAACAUAAAACAGUUUGUGUGAACUGUACUGAUAUUCUAAGGAAUACCUUUAGUACUAGUCUUGGAGUUCAGUGUAGCCUGCCCAAAACUGACAAAGCAGCUAUUCCAGCAUUUCAGCAGCUGGACCUUGCUAAUGGAAUUCUGCCACAACAAGAAGUUUCUAAGGAACCAGACCUAUUACAGUGUUUCCAAACAUAUAUGAAUCUGUUGCGUUCAUAUCCGGACAGUCAGACACACAGAAGCCCCACUCUAUUACAGCCAGCUGUCUUGGCCACUAAUGAAGAAAAAUGUGUCAAAGAACAAAUUGGAGAGGUUACAAGUGAAGGAAAGGAUUUAAACAUACAUGUGCGAGAUUCAAGAAUAAAAGGUGUCCAGAAAGCAAAAAAUGGGAGCCAGAGUGCUGAAAAAGUUAGAAUUAUAAAGUAUUUGUUGGGAGAGCUAAAGGCCCUGGUAGCAGAACAAGAGGAUUCAGAAAUUCAGAGAUUGAUUACAGAAUUGGAGGCAUGUGUAUCUCUGCUUCCAGCAGCAAAUGGAAACACAAAUAUUCAAGUUGAAAUAGCACUGGCCAUGCAACCACUAAGAAGUGAAAAUGCUCAGUUACGUAGGCAGUUGAGAAUUUUGAACCAGCAGCUUAGAGAACAAGGAAAAACUAAAAAGGCAUCUGGUUCUCAGGAAUGCAACCUUGAAUUGUUUUCCCUUCAAUCAUUGAAUAAGUCACUGCAGAAUCAAUUACAGGAGUCACUAAAGAGCCAGGAAUUACUACAAAGUAAAAAUGAAGAGCUUUUAAAAGUGAUCGAAAAUCAGAAAGAUGAAAACAAAAAAUUUUCUGAUAUAUUUAAAGAGAAAGAUCAAACUAUACUUGAAAAUAAACAGCAAUUUGACAUUGAAACAACUAGAAUUAAAAUCGAAUUGGAGGAAGCCUUAGUCAACCUGAAGAGCUGCCAGUUUAAGUUAGCAGCUACUGAAAAGGAAAAUCAGGUAUUGGGAAUAACAUUACGUCAGCGUGAUGCUGAGGUGACUCGACUGAGAGACUUAACGAGAACUUUACAGAGCAGUAUGGCAAAGCUUCUCUCAGAUCUUAGUAUGGACACUGCUCGCUGCAAGCCUGGAAAUAAUCUUACUAAAUCACUUCUGAACAUUUAUGAAAAACAACCUCAACAUGACCCAGUCCCUGCUCAAAUUUCCAUAAUGAGCUACCUAAAUAAGUUAGAAACAGAUCCUACUUUUACUCAUUCAGAGCCACUUUGUGAAAUUAACAAUGAGGAAAACAUAGUGCCAGAUAGGCCCUAUGAAAAUGUUCUGCCUUCCAAAGGCCCUCAACAUAGUGACCCUAGGAGCAUGGAGGAAGCAUUGGCCCCUGGAAUCAUUUCUACCCUUUCAAAACAGCAUUCUGAUGAGGAGAGCAAAAUUACAACUUUAAUAGAAGGUGAUUGUAAUCUGGAUAAUACAAUUUAUAUUCCGUUUGCCAGAAGUACUUCUAAAAGGAAAUCACCGCUAUCUAAAAGAUUAUCCCCCCAGCCACAGAUCAGUGUAACUCGACCACCACUGCUCAGCAACAGUGGACCUGUCUCAGAAAAAGAAAAUAGAACAUGUGCACCCGGAGUUUGUUCUUCCUCCAAAAAGGAGGCAGAACAUGCAUGUGAGAAACUUUCCACAACAGCUGAAAUGGAGGACAAGCAGCUCCUCAAGAAAAUAAAGGAAGCCAUCUGCAAGAUCUCUGCUGCCACUGAGGGGCCACAGGAACCAGCUGUGUGUCAUGGCCCUUCCACUUGUCAGAGCAGCAGCUUUCAAGUGAAAAGUAGUACUGUCUGUGAUGGUAGCUUUUUAAAUUCCGACUUGAUGUCUGACUGGAGCAUCUCUUCUUUUUCAACAUUUACUUCUCGUGAUGAACAAGACUUCCGAAAUGGCCUUGCAGCACUGGAUGCCAACAUUGCUAGGCUCCAGGAAUCCUUAAGGUCUGGUGUUCUAGAGAAGUGAACUCAGGAAAAAAAAUUGAGUAUCUCUUUUUAAUAAUAGAACUUGGGUAUGUGGAAUACAUAUUUUAAAUUUUUGUAUAGAGAAAUGAUGUUUUAUAUUAAUUAUGUGUGAAAAAAUAAAUUUAAUAAUUUAUUAUUGGAAUAUAUUGAUACUGUGGAACUUAUAAAAACAGGUCAUCUUAAAUUUACAUUUGCUAAGAGAAGAAAGUUGUAGAUAACUAGGGACAUAUUAUAAAUAAUAUUUUAUUUUAGUACUUAGCAAUUUGAGUUCUUUUAUUAUCCUGCUGGGCAAAGGGUGCAGGUUGGAACAGUUCUCUAAAGGAUAAUUAGAAGCGAGUCCUGGGGUACAAUUUACUGUGUUCAAACUAGAGUUUCUCUUUUAGGAUUCCUUUUUGUUUUUUUAAUAUCAUUGUGUUUUUUAUAUGGGAUUCUCUGCUAUAGGCUAGUGUUUUGGGUGAGCUGUAUGAACAUUUAAGACAGAAAGUACUCCACCUCUUAAAAAAAAUUAAGUGAUCAACUAAAAUACAGGUAACAUCCUAAGUUAGCAUAUGGUUUCUUAAAGUUUUGGCACUUCUAUUUAUUUUUAUCCUGAAUGCAUAUUUAAGGUCAUAUGAUAUGCAUAGAAACAUAAGAGUUCAGUUAAACUUCAAGGUGGAAUAUGACCCUAACAAAAUGGAAGAGACAUUGCGUUUCAUAGAAGUUUAGAGGAGAAAGCCUAAAAGUGGUAGGGGGGACCUAGAAGAGAAGAAACUUCAUUUGUAUCUUAAAGAAUGUAUAGGCUUUGAAUAAUCCUAUGAGUAUCCUCAAAAUGUUUAUCCCAUAAACAGUAUCACAAAAUUCAGAGGCUGAUUGAGUGGUAUAUUAAGAGUGUGGUAAGUACACUAACCUGACUAAAAUAGAGAAGUCAAGAUUAUAUGAUAAUGGUAAUAAUAAUAGAUGAUAACACAUUAAGAAGAGUUGGGGCCAAAUUGUAGAAUGUUAAAAGCUCCAGGCAGAGGUGUAAUUAUUAAACAUGAUGUCACUGGUGUUUGAAUAUUUUUGGUUGUGGCAGUGCUUUUUUUUUUUUUAAUUGAGGACCACCAGAUGAAAUUGUGUGUUCUUAAAAUUGCAUAGUGAUGGUGAAUAGGAAGGAUUAGAGGAGAGAGAGAGAAUGAAGACCACAAAGAAAGCUGUUAGAGUAGUCUAGACGUAAUAAGCCUUGGGCCAUAAAAAAAGACAAAUCGAAAAUUUUUUGUAGGCUUGGUGAUUUACUAGAAAAUGAAAGAGAUGGGGGAAUCAGAGGUGAUUCCAGUGUUUUCAGUUUGGUCACUUUGAGUCAAACUGAGCAAACGUCGAAAAGGAAAAAUCAAGUUCUUAGUCAAGUUCCAAGUUAACAAAUUCCAAGUUUAGUCUUGAUAAUAGUACUGUAAAUGGAGAGUGGGAUAAGGAGAGAGAGAGUGCCCUCUCAGUAGCCCUCUCUAGAUCUUCAAAAUGUAAAUUACCUCAUCUUAGUCUCAGAGGGUCAGUGUAGCCCCAAAUCACAGCCCUCUCACAGUCCUUUCAUUUGUCCCAGAGUGAGAGAAGCUAUGUGAAGUAUCCCUUAAUCUCUGCCAGGGCAAUUCAGUAUCUCCUGGUAGAUACUGGGUGUAGAAUGGAAAAGAACCAUCUUUCAGCAUUUUGACACUAUUCUACUGUCCUUGCAUCUGAUCUGUGGUGGUUAGUACAGAAACUUUACAACGGGUUUAGUAUUUGUCAAUAUCAUUGAAGAUGAAAGAAGCCGAUUCUGUUUGACCAAGUGUAGAGAGAUCCCAGGGGCAGGGCUAAAGAAACUAGAGAAGUUACAUGGUACACAUUCUUCCCUGAUUCGAACCACCCUCACAGUUUAGCAGAUCUUGCAGAAAUCUUUAUUUUUGACUAAUCAUGGCAUUUAUGUCAAGUGCUGCAAAGGUUAAGAAGGUCUGCUUAAACUGCAUGGAAAGCAGAGCAGAACUGCAAGGCCUAGUUAGAUAGAAAGGGCAUGCAGCCAAAUAACAGCUUACGAAGUAUGUAUCUAGUGCUCACAUUGUGAGGGCCAUCUCUUCAGCUAAAGAUUCAUUCAAUGAAUGAGUUAAGUGAAAGCUCUAAUAUGUGUCAGGUCCUCGUCUGGGCUUAGAGAAUACAGUGAGCAAGACAUAAUCUCUGCCCUUAAGGAACUACAGCGGGAUAUAAGAAAAGGAACAUGUAAUAAGUAUGGUGAAAGAAAACAGGGUUAGAGCACAAAGAAUGACAAAUUGGCUUAAGUUUUAAUUAUUAGGAUAAGAGGCUAUUUCUCAUAAGUUAA